CCUUCGGAGCUAUUCAGCGCACGGACACUUGUCUUGUUGAACGGUAGAUGCACGAUUUAUAGCAGAAAUGUAAUUGGGCGUUUGAAUCAGCAAACACAGAGCCUGAAUAUGAGAUUAUGUCCAUUUUUUGCGGAUAAUUUUUGUUAGCAACUUUUAGAAUAUCUUCAGGGUGCUGCUGGGAGAAGGACUGUCAAACAAACAUGCUAACGGCUGUGUUGGAUGUGAAUUCAAUGUUAACGUUUGUGUAUUUGCCAAAUUAACAGCGCCACUUAAACAUCCCCGUAGUUUAUUUCUAAACAUCAGCCUGUGGACAAAACCAGCAUACAGGAUGCCUAACACCAGCACACGGCAGAAGCACGGCAGGAGGACUCGAAGGCGCCGCCGAGCCGAUCCUGCCAGGAACGAGCUGGUCUCCAGCUCUCUGGAAAGUGCCCAGCAGUGCUUGUUCAACCAAGAUUAUGGAACUGCGUUUGCGCACUACCUCCUGGUGCUCAACCUCGCACCUGUGUUUAAGGACUUUGCAAGGGAGUCCUUCAGGUUCACUCUCUUCAAAUGGGCAGAAGAACUGGACUCUCUGGGCCGCAUUCAGUACCUUUUUGAUUGCUAUGAACAAGCUCUGGAACUUUUCCCCGAUGACGAGGUGAUCCUAAACAGCAUGGGCGAACACCUGUUCAGAAUGGGAUUUAGAGAUGAAGCCGCAGGUUAUUUUCACAAAGCUCUAAAGAUGAGACCAGACUACCCAGAAGCCAGAGAGAACUUCUACCGUGUGGCCAACUGGCUGGUGGAGCGCUGGCAUUUCUUCAUGCUCAAUGACCACGGGAGAAACCAGAAGUACCAGCAAGCCAUUCAGAAGGCUGUUCAGAAGGGCUGCAACACUGUACUUGACAUAGGUACUGGUACUGGAAUCCUUGGUAUGUGUGCUAAGAAGGCAGGGGCUGCUGAGGUGUAUGCCUGUGAGCUCUCAAAGACCAUGUAUGAGCUGGCCUGUGAGGUGGUGAGUGCUAAUGGAAUGGACGGCAGCAUCAAGAUCCUCCAUAUGAAGUCCCUGGAGAUGGAAGUGCCAAAGGACAUACCGCACAGGGUAUCACUGGUGGUGACAGAGACAGUAGAUGCAGGAUUGUUUGGAGAGGGCAUCAUAGAGAGUCUGAUUCAUGCUUGGCACCACCUCCUGCUGCCGCCCAAGAGGGGUGAGAAUGAAUUUGGGGAGCAGUCUGCCACAGGACGGGUCAUCCCCGCAGGAGCCACGGUCUUUGGUAUGGCUGUCGAGUGCACUGAGAUCCGCCGGCAUCACAGGCUGUGUGUGACAAAGGUGGGCGGUCUCUCCAUGGCUGCAGCUGGAGAGCUCCACAGCCCAGUGAGCUGCAGCUCCGAACCAGACGACUCCAUGGAGCCGUACACUACAGAAAGACUCAGCAGACUGCCAGGAGGAUAUAAACCUCUCACAGAACCAUUCACAGCCCUCAACAUAGAUUUCAACAAUGUGCAGGAGCUGGAAGGUCUGAGCUCCAGGGAGGUUCAAGAGAUCCGGCUGCCCGUCAUUCAGCAGGGAGAGCUGGAUGCUUUGGCAGUGUGGUUCCAGCUCCACCUGGAUGAGGAGAACAGUCUGUCUACUGGACCCCAGGAGGACACUUGCUGGGAACAAGCCAUCUACCCCUUCCACAGUGCCAAGGGUUUUGUCCUGAAGCCACGAGAUGAGCUGAUUGUUGAAGUCUCCUGCCGAGAUGCCUACCUGAGGCUCUGCAGUGUUGCUGUGCUGAGAGACGGGCAUAAAAUCAGAUUAGACAAACUAAUGGAUUCUCAGUAUCCUGUUUCAAACCCAAACCCAGAGGCAGAACUGUGCAGUGCAUUAGCAUGUCUUCAAACUGAUCAGAGUCAAGCGAGAGACUUCUGCAUGCUGGAAUGUUCGGAAAUGGCGCUCCUGAACAAUCAGGAUUACCAUCAGAGUUUUUGCACCGCGUUAGCCAAACUCAUCUCCCAGCUGAAGGUUAAGUGCCAAAACCAAGAGCGAGGGUCCGCUUUUCAGCCCGGCCCCGCUGUCGCCACACGCUGCGCGAGCCCGUUUUAUGUGCUGGACGUGUCGGAAGGCUUCUCUCUGCUCUCCCUAAUCGCUGCCAGCCAGGGUCACGUGAAAGCCUUCAGCUCGGUGGAAAAGAAGAAGCAACAGGAAGUGCUUAAGAGACUGGCUCGCUCCAACAAUAUCUCGGAACAGCAUUUGGAGUUCUGGCUCAACAACACGGAGGAUGAGCAGGGGAUGCUGCAAAGGCCUUCCAGGGAGAAGCUGUGGAGUGCCAUCAUCCUGGACUGUGUAGAAACCUGUGGCCUCAUACGGCAGAAGCUGAUGGAGAAAGCGUCUCUGGCCAGAUGUCUGCUAGAGGAAGGAGGACGUAUUUUCCCGGGAAAGAUUGUGGUGUACGGUAUGCUGGUGGAGUCUGAGACUUUGCUACUGGAAAGCGCUGUCCAGGGUCAGGAGCCCACACUUGGAUUCAAUAUUGCUCCUUUCAUCAACCAGUUCACUGUACCGGUCCAUGUGUUUCUGGACUUUUCCACACUGGAGUGCAGACACCUCAGUGAAUCUGUAGAGCUCUUUGUUCUCAACCUCAUGGAUGCCAACGCAAACUACAUUAACAGAGAAGUCAAGGUCCAGGCUACAUCUGCAGGCAGGAUAACUGCAAUUCCCUUCUGGUAUCACAUCUACCUGGACGAAGAGAUCAGUGUGAGCACCCUCGGCCAGGCUUCUCACUGGAAGCAGGCCGCCGUUGUUCUGCAGCAGCCCCUGGAGGUACGAGCAGGAGAGUGGGUCCGCCUCGCCGUGAAGCUUCACAAAAGCACCAUCUCCAUUUUGGCCCAUAUAGAAAGCACACCUGAGCAGAUGGAGUGAUAAUCGCUCACAUUUUAGCUUAUUUGUAAUACAUUUCAGCCGACUGUUGUAUCAGCUGAGUGAUAACAAAGACAGUAUUGGUCUGUCAGAUGUAUCAGAGUCGGUGUACUUGUUGUCUGAUGGCCAUUUUUUUUGUUACAGAUCAUAUUGCAGAAAAAGAUGCUUGGGGUAAAUUGCAUGUAGAAAUUGUGUCAUCAUGUUUGCCCAGCAGUUCACAGCCUGCUGUUUACAAUACUCUCUGCACUGUCUGCAGAAUACGUAUGAGAGUAUAUUUCAAAGAACACUGCUGCUAAUAUUACAUUCCUAGUAUUUUUUUAAUGCCCUUUCUCUAUUGACAUUUUUCAUGUAGUACCAAUCUCAAAACAUUGGGAUCACAGUUUAGUAACUCCCUGCAUGAAAAAACCCUUGUUAGAAGUUUAAGUAAAAAGCCUGCUGUAUAUUUUGUUAAAGGAAAAUAGGUCCACAAGGACUUGUACUUACAUUUGUAAGUAGAUAAUAAACACAUUAGCCCUUAAUUACAGACUCAGUUGUUUUUGUAAACAUCAUUCAUUUGACCUAUAAAUGUUGCAUUUUUAUAAUAAAGGCAAGAAAAACGAAGUCAUAUUUCAUCUGAUUUAUUGAGGAUAUCCGAGAUGGAAUUAAAUCAAACAAUGGAUGUAUAGAACAAUGGAUCUGAUGCAAUUGUGUCAAGUCAUAUUUUGAAAGAAAAAGAAAAUCCCAUAAGGCAGUGCGACAUACCAGAGUCAGGCAUGAUGCCAAUUACCCCUCGCUGUGCCACACACUGAUAUCCCAAAACUGUACAUUAACGAUGGCAAUAUCCCUGAACAAAUGUGUGAAUUCACAAAGAAGGAGCCUUUAAAAACCUAUGGAAAAACAAAUGGCUUUAGUGCAACAGGUGCAAAAUUAUUUCAGUUUACAAGAGACAGAAAACAUCUUACCAAAUAAAAAUGAUCCCAGAUUGAAAAAUAAAAUAAGAAACAUUCCACUAGUUACACAGCACACAGAACAAGGCAUCUGCGAAGACUAGCGGAUUUUAUCAACUGUCGAGUAAGCCGUACGCUUUAAAGCAUAGAUAAGAGCCAACCAGAAGGUGCUGAUUGUACUUUUUAAAACUGAAUUAUGAUUUUAAUACUAGGAUUGUUUAAUUGUAUAUAUUCGUACUCUUCUGAAAUGGAGUAUACUACAUUUAUAUUGAUACUGUGUGAUAUUGUCAGUUAUGACCCCUUUUCUAGUGAUGUACACGUCAUUGUACCACGGUUAAUUUUUCAAGUGAAACAAGAUCAUGUUACCUCUGCUCUUUUCUCCCCUCUGUAUCGACUAGUUAGAACGAAACGACUGCAGAUAUCUGUAGUUAUAGUAGUGCAGGUUUUCAGUUUAUCGAAAACCAGUAAAUGCAUGAUAUUCAAUUUAAAGGUUGCCUCUUCUGUCACAUCUGAGAUUACGGCAUGAAUGACACGUAAAACAGUAUAGUUUCAUUUUUGGAAAACAUUUCUCCAAUAUUUCACUUAUUCUUCGGUGAGAGCCAUGUUUUGUCUGAUCUUGUGUCUUUCCUGGGUAAAACCAAUUCUAGUUUAGCCUACUCUCUAAUAAAACAUAAAACAGCAAAUUGACGUUGCUUACUAGUCUUUUAGUACCAUUAAA